CUCUCCUCUCCAAUGCCUCCCUGCUAUGGGGCUGAAACUUGGGAAGUCAAGGGACCUGUCCAUUCAGUCAUUCCUUCUGGAGGCGUGGAAGGGAGGUGUCUUGGAGCUGAGCUUCAACCACAUCAGGGUAACAUUACUCUGAAAGGAGAAGAGGAAGAAGGCAGGCAGCACAGCUCUGGGAAGAAGACCUUGGAGGGAAGGAAGGAGAGGACAGAAGUGAGCAGGAGGAGGAGGAAGAGGAAGAAGAGGGAAAAGGGAGGAUUUGCAGGGAGAGAGAGAGGAAGUGAAGGAGGUAUAAGUAAGGGGCAGAGGUGUGAGGCGUUUGAGGGGCUGAAGGAGAGCCCAGAAGAGCCUUUCGGGACCUUCUUUCCGAGGUCUAGCCUUUCUCCGACGGAAUUAAGGAGGUGUGAGUGAAGAGUCGAGGAAGAAGUCCAGGUAGCGAGUGGAGGGAGAGGCGAAGGCGAGACCCCGCGGGGCGUUUGGCGGGCAUCCCUCUCCUCCCGGGACCCCCGUCCCUUCUUCCCAGCCAUGAGCGCCUGCCUGGCCUCCGGGGGCUUCGGCACCUUCGACUACCUGGUCUUCGCGGCCAUGCUGCUCAUCUCGGCCGGGAUCGGGGUCUACUACGCGGUGGUGGGCAGGCAGGACACCUCGGCGGACUUCCUGAUGGGCGGCCGGAGCCUGACGGCGCUCCCGGUGGCGCUCUCCCUGACGGCCAGCUUCAUGUCGGCCGUGACGGUGCUGGGCACCCCCUCCGAGGUCUACCGCUUCGGGGCCAUGUUCAGCGUCUUCGCCCUCACCUACGCCUUGGUGGUGAUCCUCAGCGCCGAGAUUUUCCUGCCCGUCUUCUACCGGCUGGGCGUCACCAGCACCUACGAGUACUUAGAACUGCGAUUUAACAGGUAUCUGCGCCUGUGUGGGACUGUGCUCUUCAUUUUACUGACGACAUUAUACACUGGUAUCGUCAUUUAUGCCCCUGCCUUAGCUUUAAAUCAAGUUACAGGAAUGGAUUUGUGGGGAGCUGUGGUUGCAACAGGAGUAGUCUGUACUUUCUAUUGCACACUGGGUGGUCUCAAAGCAGUAGUUUGGACAGAUGUUUUUCAAGUCGGAAUAAUGAUUGCUGGAUUUUCAGCUGUUAUUAUACGAGCAAUAGUUGUUCAAGGUGGCAUUGGACGUAUAUUAAAUGAUUCCUACCACGGAGGAAGGUUAAAUUUUUGGAACUUCAAUCCUGAUCCUUUGCAAAGGCACACAUUCUGGACAAUUAUUGUUGGUGGGACUUUCACCUGGCUUGGUAUAUAUGGAGUUAGCCAGUCACAGGUUCAGCGAUACAUUGCUUGCAAAACUAGAUUUCAAGCAAAACUAUCUCUUUACAUAAACCUCUUGGGACUGUGGGCAAUUCUUUGCUGCGCUGUGUUGUGUGGACUAGCCAUGUAUUCCAUUUAUAAGGACUGCGACCCUUGGACAGCAACAUGUGUAUCAGCACCGGACCAGCUUAUGCCAUAUUUGGUUCUGGAUAUCCUGAAAAAGUAUCCAGGGAUGCCGGGGCUUUUUGUAGCAAGUGCUUACAGUGGAACACUAAGUACAGUGUCUUCAAGCAUCAAUGCUUUAGCUGCUGUGACUGUAGAAGAUUUAAUCAAACCUUACUUCAAAUCACUCACUGAAAAGAAAUUGUCUUGGAUUUCAAAGGGGAUGAGUUUAUUUUACGGAGGAGUGUGCAUUGCUAUGGCUGCAUUGGCAUCACUUCUAGGAGGUUUGUUACAGGCAGCUCUCAGUAUUUUUGGUAUGGUUGGUGGGCCUCUUCUGGGACUAUUUUCUUUGGGUAUCCUUUGUCCCUUUGCCAAUCCAUUGGGAGCAUUUAUCGGUCUCAUUUGUGGAUUUACUUCUUCCCUUUGGGUUGGAAUUGGAGCUCAGAUAUACCCUCCGCUUCCCAAUACCACUAUGCCAUUAAGUCUCUCGACUGAAGGUUGCAACAUAACCAAUGCAGGUAUAGAAAGUUUCUGGAAUGCAUCUACAGAAAUGUCAGAUUCUUUGAAUAUUCAAGAAACUGAAAGGCCGGUCCUUGCAGAUCACUGGUAUUCCUUAUCCUAUCUAUACUUCAGCACACUUGGAACACUGGUUACAAUCGUCAUUGGAAUAGGAGCCAGCCUUUUGACAGGAGGAUUACGACAGAAAGUGGAUCGGAAAUUCAUGCUUACCAAAGAAGAUUUCCUGUCUAAUUUUUCAUGUUUGAAACCUAAGCAAGAAGAGAAAAUCAACGUUUUAAGUUGGAAGCCAUUUACUGGGACUGAUGAAGGAACUGACAAUCCUGCCUUCAAUCAUAUUGAAAUGAAUGUAACAGACAAUAAUGAAAAAAUCAAUGGUGUUCAUACAUGAAAAUAAUAUCGGACUCUGUGCUUAUGUUGGCAGCUAUUUAGGGUUUAUGUCGCUGAAGUCAGGGUACAUUUUAUGGAAAAUUCUAUGAAUUGUCCACUUUACUCAGGACUUUGAAGCAAUAUUUACUAAGUUAUCAUAAUUGCAAAGUAGCUUGCAGAAAUAAAUAAUUGGAUAAAAUAUAACUGGAGAAAAAUGCAAGUAAUG